CGAUCAUGCGUCGCAUCAUGAUAGGGUGGUGUCAUGACAUGGUGCCGCGAAUCGUGUGGGCGUGCGUGAGACCGGCGGGAGGCGUCAGUAGGUACAGGAUCUUGCAUGUUGUCCGCUACGUACCGUGAUCAAGAUGAGCCGAUUGGAUAGUAGUCCUGUCGAAAAGGGCACAUUCAUGAGGGAAGCAAGCUCGAUGGCUCAUCAAACUUCGAUUUGUGUCCCUAAACCCAUGCUGCACCCACUACAUCUCGCUCCUGUUCAUGGCCAUGAUGCUCAACUUCCGAAGCUCUCAUGACGACAGCGGCUUGUUCGGCCGCUUGUUGCGCUGUUCGUCGACUUUUUUUACUAGUCCAACUUUGACGUCGAAGACUACAACGACUCUUCACGAUGCGGUUCCUGUCGCGUGCCUCUGGCGUUGCCGACGAAGUUUUUGGUGAAUGCAUGGCUGCUACAAAACUGGUUGUUUCACGAACGUUUGGCUUUCGCCAUGAGAGUACGGAGGGUAUUGACGAGGAAGUCAUCGGAAAGAGGGAUACGGACAGAUACCAACCAGCUUCUGAAGCAUCUAGACACCGUCGUCAAGAUAGCAUCUCUAGACGGGCCCUCGACAACCCUUAUUCACCCAAGGUUUCAGCGACUAGUACCCUCAUCAACGACACCAGUUACUCAACAACUCUUCCCAAGCAACCUUCGUUACCGUUGUCGGUGGAGGAGAUCCUGGCCCUUACGAAGCCAACUAUCGAGAAGCUUUUGCAAGAUUCCGGGAUUGUGGGGGCUUCCAUAGGGGUCCUCCGCCAUGGCCAGCAACAUUUUGUCAAUCUGGGGACUCAGGGUCUGGAAAUCGCCACGCUUCCGGAGAAGGAUACUGUCUACCUCAUCUCAUCAAUGUCGAAACCAAUUAUUUCUACGGCAGUGGGGAUUAUGAUGGAUGACUUUUCGAGAUACCAGCUCAAGUUCGACACCCCAGUGUCAGCAGUCCUGUCAGAGCUUGAAGGCAGUCCCGGUAUACUAAAGACAUACACCAACCAGGAGCUCACCAUUGGUGACCUUUUAGACCUUCGUUCCUCGUUUCAAUGGAUGACGAAUCUGUGGGAAAGCCCCAAUGGCGAGAUUCCAUGGAAGACCAUAGACCCUGUCACCUCCCUGCUCCAACACCUCCCAGCAAACGAUACUUACACGUCUCAAGAGGGGUUUGUCUACAACCGGAAUUACUCGAACGAGUGUUUUGCCCUAUUGGCUAUACUUAUCAAAAGAAAGACUGGGUAUUCAUGGACGGAAUUUGUCCGUGAAAAGGUUUUUGAGCCACUCGGAAUGCACGACACCUUCGUUGGGUUGACAGAAGCUGAGAGAAAUGGCAAGCCCCAGAUCUUUGCCAAGGCACAUUCGGUUCAGGUGACGGGGGUCAUGCCGGAACUUCUGCAAUGCACAGAUGCACACGGGGUGGUCUGCAGAACUAAGAUUGCAGAAUGCUUCGACAGACACUACGGCCACAUUCCACAAUCUGUCGAAAUUCUCCCGUCCCAGGCUUCGGGAGCCGGUCCUGUGGGACCACCGCCGGUCGCUGCGGCAGCAGGCAUCAUGUCUACGACCUCUGAUCUUCUCAAGCUCUACAGCAAGAUUAUGGAUGUUUGCAACCAAAGACAACAGCAGCAAAACAGCAAGCUUCUCUCAUAUCAAGACCACCUCAGCUCCCCUCUCGAGCGAGGUAUAAACCAUCUCUUCUCUCAUAUGGAGAGAAGGUUGUCUCCUAAUCCAUUCAGUAACACAUGCACCUACUCCGGCGGUUGGAACACCGUCACCGUGCCCAUGACCCCCGGAGAGCGGAAUGCCUCACCAAAACCACGAUGGCCAGGCGCAGAUGGCGACAAUGCCAGACGAUUAGAGAGCGCUAUUAACAGCAAGGUCCAUGGGGAUAACCUGGAUUAUACCUUUUUCGUUACAAACCCUGACCUCAAUGUCCCCAAUCUCAACACGGAAAUCCAAAAGCCCCCCGUCGCCGAGCCUGAGAAGGACAACAAGCACCUCGCCCUCUACCACGGCGGUAACAUGGUCGGCGCUACGUCUUUCUGCUGGUUGCUUCCCGACCGCGAAACAGCCGUGGUAGUACUCUGCAAUACGAGGGGGUUCUUGCUCGACGCUGCGAACCUGAGCGGGAUGUUGUUGGCCGAGUGUUUGUUUCUCGCCGAAUCAGAUUCCGAUUCCCGCCACGAUACAGGAUCUGUCAUCAAGACUGUGAGAAGGACUUGCGAAGACACGAAAAGGAUGGCUAGGGCAAUACAAAUCGACUAUCUUUACGAUUUGGCGAAGUACGAACACACACUUGCUUCGCGGUUUCGUGAAGUGGUGGUAUCACCUCCAGGAGACACGGGCAAAACAGAACUUGAAAGGUUCCAAGGCAGAUACGAACUCACCCAGGAUGUCUUUAUCACCAUCACUGGAGGGAAAAGGGGUCUGAUCCUGCGACUUUACGGUACCGGAUACGGGUACUUGCUACGCGAACUGCAUGAAAUGGUACAAGACAAUGAAGGGCUGGAAAAGACAAUGACUUUUGCCCAACCGAUGGCAGAGCUGAUACCGAGCGGAGUCGGAGGGACAAAUAGGUUGAAGGUGGAGGACUUUGUGGUGGUGUUUAAGCGGGAGACGAUGGCAGGGGAGUGGAAGGGGUUUGAAUGGAACUUUGCGAGGGAUAAGACUCCACAGGAACAAGGAGAUACGAACCCGUACUUUUGGCGUCGAGUAAAGGAGAAGGGGACUUGGAUCUAGAGUGAUGGUCUAGAUGGAGUGAAGGGCGUGGAGAUGUUUAAUUGUGCCGUAGCGGUGUAUUGUGAAGUGUUGUUAGGAGUUGGGAGGUAGGGGUGAUGAUUCAGUCAGUCAACUAUUAUCCCUCUGAUGGUGAGUUUCCGUUCAGCCAUUGUAUACAUGUAGCGCCCAUGCCUUCAACUACAAGAGUUGAAGCGCACUCACCCAAGAUCCGGGUCCAUGGGCCCACAUCGAGGCCGGUACAGUAACGAGAGCGGAGAUUGCCGGGAAAAACGCCCGGGAAAAGUGGGCCUCAUGGAGCAAGGUGGAUUCGUG